GUCGUACUGUGUGGCGAGAAGAAGAGGAAUAACAGGAUAAAUAACGAAGCAAAGAAGAGGGCUUCUUUCUUCGCUUCGUCGCCCGCACCUAGCUCUUGGCAGAAGAGAGCAACCGCGAGUUCACCAGCAGGAAGCGCACGGGCGCAAACGCGAACCAGCAGUCCAACGGGGGUGACGUACACGAGUGCGCGCGGACAGACAGAACCCCAGUGUACUAGUAACUAGCAGGGCGACGGCGAACAUUUUCGCAGGAAGUACACCUCUGCACCUGAUUCCCGGAGGUGGCGGUAGUUUCCCGUUCUGUGCGAGUACAGCAUAACGGUGCGCGGGUCCGUACUUUACUCCGGCGGUGGUGCCCUCCGUAGAAUCCGGAGGGGCGGUUCGGUUGCGAUACCGUUCCGCUACCGUUCCGUUCCGUCCGGUUUCGGUAUCGGUUGCGCUGCGGUUCCGCUUACAUUUCCAGGGUCCCCGGUCGAGUGAGUGUUGUGUGCCGUGUGGUGUUCUGUGGUUCCUCGACUCCCUUAGCUGAAGCCGCGACCGCUUUCAUGCAUUUUAUACAGCGUCGAGAAACAAAAAUCGAUCCACGGGUGUUUUGUUCCCAUCACCAUCAUCAUCACCAACAGCAGCAGCAGCAGCAGGCAUUCCACGGACAACGACGACGACGGAUACGUCUAGGACAACGGCGUAACCACGGGGAGUAGUGGCUGUGCGGCGGUACUAGAACAAUUCAUUUGUUGGUUGGGGCUUGUUGGAUGCCGGUCAACUGUGCGAAUACCGCGCCAUUCACCACCACCAUCAUUACGUCCACCACAAGCAUUCAUUCCUCUGCACUCUGCCCGCCAGCGACGGAGCAUGAUGAGUAAUAACUCUUCCAGCAACAUCAACAAAAACAAAAGCAACAACAACUGCAGCUCCACCACCGCCAGUAGCCUAAAGAGCAGCAACACCACUAGCAAUAGCAGCAGCAGCAGCAGCAUUAGCCGUAAAAUCAAUACAAUCAGUAACAACAGCAACGCUGUCAACAAAAAGCACACCAGCAGCGGCAGCGGCAACAGCUAUACGACGCACUCCGGUACCGGAACCGGUGGGGGAGGCAACAGCCACGGGACGACCAUGCCGGGCGCAACGUCGCGUCGCGUGGCGAAACGCAAAGCAUCGACAGUGAAUAUCCCGCCAACGGUGAGAAAACGGCGUAAGAUCCAGCAUCUACCGAAACCGGGCGAUGCCCGCCAGGAGCAGGUGCCGCAGACGAAGAACACCGUCGCCGUGCUGAACGAGCUAAAGCGCAACCUAGUGUACAAUGUGGAGUCGCAGACGGGACCGGUGCAUGCGCCACUCUUCACGAUCUCCGUGGUGGUCGAUGGCCAGAAGUUUGUCGGGACCGGGCCAAGCAAAAAGUUGGCCCGGGUGGCGGCUGCUGCCUCGGCGUUGCGCAGCUUCAUCCAGUUCAAAGAUGGGGCCACGCUCACGCCAAUCGAGCCUCUGCAGAACGUGGACUUCACCAGCGACGAUCCGAUGAUCGAGAACAGUAUCUUUCCACUCUCGGACACGGUAGCGGGCGGUGCUGGCUGUGGUGUCCUGCACGAACCGCUGUCAGUUGUCACGAAUGGCAAGCCGCUACCGGAUGUUGCUAGUGCUGUUGCGGCUGGUGCUGGAGCUGCCACUGCCACUGCCGCGAUCAGUGGAAACUCGUCCAAUAACACCAACAAAUACAGCAGUAACAGUAACUCAUACAGUACUGGCGGCAGUAGUAGCAGCAUCAGCAACAGCAACAGUGCGAGUAGUAAUAUCAACAGUGUCCAUACGCAGCAUACUGUCGCAUCCAGUAGUAUCGGUAAUAGCAGCGGCCGAGGCAGUCAAGCCAAGUACAACCACAGCGGCCGCCAGAGUAAUGCCGACACGACAACGCAUGCCCUUGCUCAUGUUAAGGGUGGAGUACGUGGUGGCACUUCAGGAGGAAAUGUUGGCAACAACGGUAGCGUGUUGAGGCCCGGCCCUGACGGAGCCACCAGGGACGCAGCAGCGUCUGCUGCUGGUGAGAAAAUCGGCACGGCUGCGCUGGAUCGACACCUACCACACCAUCAACAGGCACCAGCGGCGGUAGCGGGGCACGGCGGUGUUGAGACGGUUCGACUGUUGUCGGUCACAGCCGGUGCAACAGCUCCAGUCGCAGCAGCAGCAGGAGCAGCAGCAACAACAGCAGUUGCAGCCUCCAGUUUAACAACCAAUAUAACCGGAGCCAGUCACGACGCCAGUCAAGAUCAGUGUAUCAGCGGCAGUCUUGACGGUGCCGCCAGCACCACUGUCACCGCUGCCUUCGAUACUACUGAACCUAAUACUUCCAAUGCUGCCGCUGCUGCCUACAUCGCUGUAACCACAUUCCCUAGCACCAUUACCAGCGCCUCCUCCGCUUGUCCUACCAUCAUCAGCGCAACCACAAUUAGCGUUAACCCAGCCGUUCGAAUGCUUCCUCCGGCCGAUCGUGGUGCAGUACUAGCAGCGAAAGCUGUCGGCGGUUAUGGUGGUGAUAGUAGUGAGUGUCCGCGUUUCAGUAAUAGUGGUGGUGGUAAUAGUGGCAUUAGAAGCGGUGAUGCUGUGCCCGCCCCAAACGGCGUUCUUCCCUCUUCGACUCAGCACAAUCUGACACCGACGGCGUCGAUUGACUGGCAGCCAUUGCAAGAGAAGUUGAUGAAGGGUUCUCCCUACCGUCACAAUCCUCAGCAACAGCAGCAGCAGCCGUUAUCGUCGGCACCCAGACCUCUCUUCGCUUCCGGUCGACUACCGAGCCGGAAGACAUCGUGUGCCGACUACCGCUCUCAUCCCUACUACACUAACCAGCAUCAUCCACACAGCUACACCCACAACCACCAGCGGCACUAUCAACACAAUCAUCUUGCGCACCACUAUCAUCACAAUCAUCAUCAACACCAUCAUACCAAUCACAACCAUCCCCACACCGGUAAAGGAGGGAGUGCGUUCAGGGCCCGGGAGCAGCAGCAAUCCCUAACGCCCGGUACGGUCCGGGCCGUACCGGUCCCCGGUUCGCACACUAACACCAUCGUCCUUCCUUGCACGAGAUCCUCCACUUUUAGUGUUACUAAUAACGAGCAUGGUGGUCGUCCACUGGCAUCCGUAAACGGUGGGACAAUCUCCACCUUCACUACUGUCACCACCACCACCAUUACCACCGGGACAAUUAGUAAACUUCCUGCUACCAAUUUAUCGGCCGGCAGCAGACAGCCGUCGCCGGUGUCAUCACUGCCGCUGGCACCCCUGCCUCCAUCGACGCUGAGUCCUAGUAUUACUACUAUUACUACGAAUGGCGCUACCGAUCGAGCCAUUCCUUCCGCUCCCGUCCAGCCGUGUGCUUCCGCCCCACCAGCCACCACUACCAUCAUCACUAUUCAAUCGCCUUCAACUUUCGGUGCCAGUGCUGUCCCUCCGAUUGCCUCCUCCCUCACCACAAUCACUUCCACACCGAACACCCCGAACUCCCACCAAACUCCUGCCAACACUACCACCACCACCAACGGUACCUCCACUGGCCAAAACGGUCAUCGGCAGGUGGUCGAAAAGAUUCAGCAGAGUUUAGAUUUGUUUAAAAAUAACAAUGAGAAGGCAGUAGCGUGGAAGAAGCGUUUCGAAAAGCUAAAGGUGUCCGCCGCGAACAUCGCUCGUAGCAGUGGUCCCGGUGCCGGCAACGCAACCGGCCAUCACCCGAAAUCCCAGCCGGAAAAAGGACCGGUCAUGUUGCUGCACGAGCUCUUCACCGAUGCGCACUUCGAAUGCGUUUCCUCCGAUGGGCUGCAACACUCGAAGUUCACCGUGGUCGUGACGGUUAACGAUAACCAGCGGUUCGAGGGGACAGGCCCGUCAAAAAAGAUGGCGAAGAAUGCGGCCGCCAAGGCGGCGCUCGCCUCGAUCUGCAACAUCUCUUUCAGUCCACUUCAGCAGUCCAAGUUCGGGCUGAUUAAUGCUGGUGCCGGAAACGGGGCACUCUGUGCUGGUUCCGGUGGUCUUGCACACAACGGGGACAGCUCUUUUAAGCAAGGCAAAAACUUUGAAUUACCACAAACGUUCGCGGAUGCCAUCGGGAAACUGGUGAUUGAGAAGUUCAAUUUGGUAAUGCAGAGCAGCGACGUGUACAGCCGGCGUAAGGUGCUGGCAGGGUUCGUGAUGACCUAUGGUUACGAUGUGAAGACGGCGCGUGUUAUUUCGUUGGCCACUGGUACAAAGUGUGUGAGCGGUGAGCACAUGAGCGUUACUGGUUCGGUGAUUAAUGAUUCGCAUGCCGAGAUCAUUGCGCGCCGUGGACUGAUGGACUUCAUCUACAGCCAGCUCGACUUGCUUUGCCGCCGCCAGGCAGAUCCGACCAGUGCUGAGGAUACCCCUGCGCCCGUGGUUUUCAAUGGUAGUACCACCGCCGCUGGUAGUAUAAUGGUUUCAGCUAACGAAUGCUCGGCACAGCUGGGCUCGAAGGAAAUGGAGACUGUCAGUACCGAACCGGAGGAGGAACCGAUUUUCAACAAACCGAACAGUGAAACAGGCCUGUACACGCUCAAGGAGGGCAUUUACUUUCAUCUGUACAUCAACACCGCACCCUGUGGUGACGCGCGGGUCUUCAGUCCACACGAGAACGACAGCAUGGACGUGGACAAGCAUCCCAACAGGAAAGCCCGUGGCCAGCUGCGCACAAAGGUAGAGUCAGGUGAAGGUACGAUACCGGUGAAGAGCAGUGAGGGCAUCCAGACAUGGGACGGUGUGCUGCAAGGCCAGCGUCUGCUGACGAUGUCCUGUUCCGACAAGAUCUCACGCUGGAACGUGCUGGGACUGCAGGGAUCGUUGCUAGCCUCUAUUAUACAGCCAAUUUAUCUGCAUUCGAUCGUGCUCGGUAGCCUGUUGCAUCCGGCACAUAUGUACCGUGCUAUCUGCGGUAGAAUAGAGAACGCAAUCCAGGGGCUUCCGCCACCGUACCGUCUCAACAAACCGAAGCUGGCGCUAAUGACAUCAGCGGAGUCCCGCAACCAAACCAAACCGCCAAACUUUUCCAUCAAUUGGAUCACCGACUGUACUGAGGUAGAGAUCGUCAACUCGUUCACCGGCAAACUGAUCAACAACAACACCAAUACCAGUAAAAUGUCGCGCUUGUCGAAACAAUCGUUCUACCGGCGCUAUACCAAUGUCAUCGCACAGCUGCCGCAUGUACGCUUCCGUGACCUUAAACCAACGUACUUUGAGACAAAGAUGUCGGUGGUCGAGUACCAGCAGGCCAAACGCGAGCUUUUCGCUGCGUUCAGUAAGGAGGAUUUAGGCGACUGGCUGAAGAAACCGAUAGAGCAGGAUCAGUUCACGCUGCUGACUGCGAAGGAAACGGAUCCUCCUUCACAGCAGCAACAUCAGCCACAACAGCAGUCACAACAACAGCAGCAGCAGCAGCAAGUACAACAGCACGGAAUACAACAGUUACCGCAGCUAUUAUCGCCUUCAUCUUCGGCGAUGCCAACAUGAUCUGGAGAAAUUAUUGGCAUCAGAGCGGCUGUCACCAAGACCAUCACCACCAGUACAACCAGCAAUUGUUCGCGGUGCCAUUUUGGGCAACAUGCUGCCACAGUGGGUAAACAAAAUUAUGGGAUAAUGCGGUGCGGUGUACAUCCUGCCGCAGCCUGCAAAUGUAUCUCGGAGUACCGCAAAUCCUUUCAACGCAGUAGCUCUGCUUAGGCGCUAUUUCGUUGGGUGUUGGUUUUAUCCUAUUGUUGAAGCAGAUUGCCAGAUAACUAAUGUUUACCUGCAAACGUUUCGUAAUGUUAAAGAUAAUCUAAACUAGGGCCACCUGUUUUACAGCUGUUUCGGGCAGUAGAAGGUGAAUCGGGUGUUUUUCGAAUUACGGUGAAACGAAUUAGAAGAGGCUUGCGACCAUGUUUCCGACAAGCACUGUUUUAAAAUCAAGUUGUUUGUUAGAUCGCUCAUCCUAUGAAUCUUCAAAAGAAUGGGGACAUGGGAGGACUCUUAACCAUUUCAAAAUUAAUUUACUAUACCCUAAGCUACUGGCUAUUCCUUCCGAAUGCCUACUUCCCUAACGAAGAGUGAAUGUUGAAAGGCCAUUUGAAUAAUUGGAAUGAUUUAUUCUUAAACACGAACUAUGUUAGUGCCAAAUCAAAAACAAAACAGGAAACCGAUUGGAACUCUUCUGGAGAGCAAUAAGCAUGGGGUAGGAAACGGUGUGUUCUGGCACGAGCGUUAUAAACCCUGCAAAUAGGAUCACGAUGGGCAAAAGCAAGAAGUCCUGCUUAGCGAGAAGCUAGGUAACCUAGGGAUACUGAUUAUUUUUUACAUGUUACACUGGCAGUAUUUUGAGUUAGAUGAUGUACCGUUUCUUUGGUAUUAUUUUUUUGGAUAGUAGUAAGCACCUCCGUUAAGCGAAAAAUUCGAUGAAUUGGAGUACAAUUUUGAAUUGAAAAUGCUGCUGAUCACAUUGCUCUCGCCAGACGAGAACUGCAACACAGUACGAAAAGAAGAAAGGCAAAUCGAAGCAAACUGCUGAUGGGUCUGAAACUUAGUGACGAAUGCGAUUGCAAGCAAAGUAAUGAACUUAAAAGAAGAAGCAGCACCAUUCAGCCUAAUUUAUUGCAUCUACAUGCAUACGCAAUCAAGAACACGAUUUUUGCAACAGCAUGCAAGUGGAUUAUGUGAUGCAAGUGAGUGAUUAUGCGUAUCACCACCGGCUACUGUUUUUUGGUACACCAUACGUUGAAUUUGGAUAAUUCUGCUUUUGAUACUAGAACAUCGAAUUAGUUUCCCAGAAGGAACGAAAAAGUACACAAGGAACAUUCUAGACAUUCACAAGUUGCUACCACUGCAUAGGAUUCUAGCUUUUAAACCUAGAUUAACAAAUCUACAAAACAGGAAGCGGCACUCUCCGUGACAUCGAGAUAUAUACUAUUUUCUUAUAAUCAUAAUUCCUUACAACCUUUUUUGUAGGACGUGCACUGAUCGAUGAAUGCAAUGAGCUAGCGAUACCUUUAGCAAGCCUUUUUUUCGGUGCAGCAUUUUCGGUGGGUUUUGCUUGCGUAAAGUUGUUCGUUGUCAUUAAAAAAAAAAACUGUAUGCAAUCUGUCAUUCAGUACUAUUUAAGGGUAGCGUAAGCUUUUUGGUUUUGAGUCAAGUGUCCCUUAGCCUAGGAACUAAUAGUGUAUUCGGUUUGCUACUGUUUGUACUGAAUUGAAAAUACCAAUUACUCUUCGCGCAAUUAGACGUCGAGUGCUGAGUGCUAGUACGUUUGUCUGGAUUUUGGUUUGGCUGUUAUUCUUAGUAGAAGGCUGGGGUGAGAGCAGGACAGAAAAGAGAAGACAAUGAUAGUCCCCAGAAACCGAGACAGCGCCAGUCGAAGUAGACAGUUGGACUACCGUAUUCUCUUAUCAUCCGUAUUAAACAGCGCUAGUCUUAUUCUCCAAAAAAGUAAUAAUAACAAUGAUAAAACCAACUAUAAUAAUGUUAGCGGAACCAGUUUGUGAUAGAAACAUUAGAUCUGACACAAUUUAUAUUUAUAAUAGCGCCACCCCUACGAUAUGCUCGUUUUCAUUUCUAAUAUUUAAAGUAAAGAUAGUAUUUCAGUAAUUAUUUGAAUUCUCCACACGUCCGGAUAAACGUCGAUUCGUGCGGCCGAGCUCAUUAUUACGGUGCUUCACAUUCACUAAAGCAAAACGCAAAACGAAACUUCGGUAUUGCAUUGUAGAUCGGCCACUGAUAGAAAUGCAGUUGACUGCGGAGUUUCGGGAUAAGUAUAUAUGUAUAUAUGCAUAUGUAUAUUUAUAUUCAUCGAUAAAUGUAUAUAAAUAUACAUGUACAUAUACAAAUAUGUACAUAAAACGAUGGCUGGUUAUUGCCGGCCGGGUUUCCCAGCAAGUCUUCUAGGUGCAGCCGAAAGGCGCCGGGCGUGGGUUGCAGGGAAUUCAAAAGAGAGACGAGAGAGGAGAAAACGAAAAUAAAUUACAAUGCGAGAUUCACAAGCUGGGUACGAGCAGCAAGAACUCUGAUAUAUACAUAUAGAGAAAACAUUAAACACCAAUUGGAAUGCCAGUGAAAUAGUUAUUAGUGAGAGAAUUAGAGGAAAUGACGAAUUUUUUUUUUCUUAACAAUAUUCCAACUUAUGGUUUUUGUGUUGUGGCUAUCGGAUCUCCGUGAGUGGUGUGGGAUGGAUGUACACCUGUUUUGUAACAUAUAUUUUAAAUUGUCGUCUUAUAUGUUUAGUGUUUUGGCGAGGUCGCAAACGAAGUAACGAAGAAAGGUUUUGGGGAGCUUUCAGGUGUCCUAUAUCCCUAUCUACCCGUAACAAUGUUGAACUUUAAACUUUCCGCGGAACACUGCUUCCUGCGAAUGAACUUUGACGUACGAACUGGGUGAUAUAAAAUAUAAAUUAUUAUUUUUGUUUCCAUUAUCCUUA